AACAAAAGGAGGCGGGAGAAGUGGGGAGGUUCGGGCGUCAGUGCUGUGGGGACCGAAAGGGAGCCCGGUGUCCUGCUCGUGGGGCUGGGGCCUUAGGGUUAUAUGGGCGUGUUCUUCUUGCAGAAGUGAAGAAAAUGACCACAUCAGGUGUUGCAUUAAGAGUGGAAACUUGGCUCUUAUCUACCUGGCAUGUGAAAGUGCCAACACGAUGGCUAGAAGCUUGUAUUGAUUGGAUUGGAAAAGAACAUCAUGGAAGCAAUUUGGCUCAGGCUGCUAUUAACAAGCAAGUUUUUGAGCAGUGGCUUCUUACAGAUCUCCGAGAUCUUGAAUAUCCUGUUCUGCCUGAAUUCAUUUUAAAUGAUCCAAAAGGAGAAUUGAUUGGCUUUUAUUCUGUGCAAAUUGAUUCAGUUGUUGAUGUGAGUCAGCCUGCUUAUUCCCAGUUGCAAAAAAUAAGACGAAAAAACACUGUAAAUGAGGAAAUAACUGCUAAUACACAGAGGACCUUGAGGUCAUGGGAAGAAAAUCCUACUCGAAUGCUUGUGCUACAAAUGACUGAUGGCAUACAUCAUAUCCAAGGUAUGGAAUAUCAACCUAUUCCUCAACUCCAUAGUGGUCUACCUCCAGGCACCAAAGUUAUGAUACAAGGGAAAGUUGCAUUUCGUUUAGGUGUUCUUUUGCUUAAACCAGAAAAUGUGAAAUUAUUGGGAGGUGAAGUUGAUAGCCUUCUAAAGACAUUUGCUUUGGAGAGAGUGCUUGCUGGGUUAAUUGGAGAAGAAGACUGCAGUCCUAACAUUGUCAGGUCUGAUAUUGGCGAAAGUGAAAUUGCAAGGCCUAAUGAUGAGUUAGGGCUUUCUGAUGAAGAGCUUCUGGCAAGUCUUGAAGAAAAUGGUGAAUUAAGGACACAUGAAGAUCCUCCUGAAAGUGGAUACUGUACAAGAAGUAUCAGUUUAAAUUCUACUGUGUCUUCUCUUCCUCAGAGCUUUGGGAACAGCUUACAACAAAGAUCUGCAGAGUUAAUUUCAAGAAAUGAAGAACAACAAACUGUUUCAGUUCUAGAAAAUAUGGAAGGUGAUUUUGAUGGAUUUUCAAUGGAUGAUGAUUUACUUUUAAUAGAAGAGAUCCAGCAGGAACAGAUACAUGUUCUGAACACUAAUAUUAGUAUAAAUAAUCAAGCUGUUCAAGAAAAAAAAUCUAGUGAAAGAGGAAGGUAUAAUACAUUUGAAGAAAGCAUGACAGACUUUACUAUAAAUCAUAAAAAACAAUAUAUCCAGAAUUUAGAUGACAGUAAGAAAUCCUCUAAAAUCUCUAAUGAUGGAGAUGUCAAUGCAGAAUUCAGAUCGUGUUCUGAGCAGGUACAGAUGAUAAAAAUAAAUAAGUGUCACAAAGUUGAUUUGGAUACCCCUCCUUUUACGUAUCUAUCUAUUCUGUUAAGUAGCAACUGCAGAGAUAAUACUACUGUGAAAAUUAAAGCAUUCAUAGUAACUCUUACAGGAAAGCUUACAAGCAGUAAUGGCUUCUGGAGUGUAACAGCAAAAAUAUCUGAUGGCACUGCUUAUCUAGAAGUUGAAUUCGCUGAUGAGAUUCUUACAAGCUUAAUUGGCUUUUCUGUGCCUGAAAUGAAGCAACUGAGGAAAGAUCCUGUCCUGUACCCAAAGCUUAAGGAGGGAUUACAGAAUUGCCAACAAGAACUAAUAGACCUCUGUUGCUUGAUGACUAUUGAAUUUAAUGUUUGCCAGACAAAAGGAACAGUUAUAGUUUUGCAAGAUAUUAAUAUAAGUAAUUUGAAUCACUUAAAAAGACGGUUAUAUAUUUAACAUUUAGCCAGCAGGUUAUAAUUUUAAGAAAAACUUGUAUCAUAGACUAGGUGUUGAUUAUGGUAUUACUAUUUGAAUUCAGACUUGGAGAAUGGAGAAAUAUUUUAAUAUUAGCACAUCUCUUUAAUUCACUCAACAUAUGUAUUUGUUUUAGCAAUGGUUGAUGUGUUUUAAAUAUUUCCUCAAUAAUAUUUUUUAAAUAUGGGAAAAAUAAAAUCAAGAACUUAUUUCUAGAGUUUUUUAUCCUUUGUACUCUUACAAUGAGUAAAAUGAAAUAUAUGUAUUUGGAAUGAACAAGUCAGUCUUCUGUUUGUGAUUUUUUCCAGUUUUACAAUAUUGACAUGACAUUUGUGUCCAACACAUUUUGAAAACUUAAAUAUUAAAAUAUUGCCCCAAUUUUUCAAGUUAGGAAAUUUGAUAGCUCAGUCACUUAUGUACAGUAUAUACAUUGUAUUUAGGAAUUCACACAAAUCUUUAGAAAUAACAUUUAUUCGAAGUAGCAUGGAGGUGAUUUAUGAAUAAAUCAGAGGGAAGCCAUUUUAACCUGUUAUCUGACAGGAUGUCUCCAACAAAGAAUGUGAUAAAUGAGCCAGCUGCAGGGUCAGCGGAGAGGGUGAGAAUAAUUAGACAUGAGAGCUGGCUGAGUAUUUAUAAGGAAGAAAACAAAGAUAAGAAGAGAUGUUUUUAGAUUUGAUGUGCUACAGUUAGUAUAAAAUAUUUAUUAUGCUUUUUUUGGAAGCUUUAUAAAAAGGAGAAUGUUUUUCUAGCAAUUUGCUAUCUAAUAAAUUAUUUGCACUUUAAGUGUAGACUUGAUUUCUCUUUGCAAUAGUUUUUUUUAAAAAAAAAUGAUAUAAAUUAUUUUCUCCUAAAGUUAGUAUAUUUGUUGUAUCUUGACUAAUAGGGAGUUAAAAUAAAAGCUAUCCUCAGCAAUGUCAUGCAUUCCUUUCCAUUUUUAUUCACGGUAGUUCUCAUGUAGGAGUACAACAGGACUUCCAUUUAAAUGGGAUAGGACUGCAGUUUUAGGAUAAAGAAUUGGGGAUAGGGUUAAAUAGAGACUAGAUGUCCAUUGCCUAGGAUGUUCUUUUCCAUGGGUUGGAUCUAUGUUUAGUCAAGAUUAAGGAAAACAGUGUUUUACAUUAUAUAUGCAUCACAACUUCCUGGUAGUUGUACUCCUAACCCUUUCGGAACAUGCAUGAUUGGGAAAGGUUACAUAAUUAAUUUUCUGUUGCCUAUUUUCAUUAAAUAUUAACCCCAAUGCUUUUUAAUGAUUUUUUAGAUAUAACAAAAUGUUUUAAAUCUAGCAAACUGAUGGGGAAGGAAAAAAUGACAAUUGUGAAAAUUUUCAUUAAUGCUUUCAUUCCAUGUAUGGACAUAAAAUUUUAAAGGACAUCCAAUUACAUAGUGGGGACUACCAGCUGGUGAAACUUUCCAUUAAUGCUAUUAUUAUUAAAGCAAAACAGAACUCUUCAGUAACUAAUGAAAUUGGAGAAUCGUCCUACUGAUUUUUUUUUUUAAGUACAAUUGCAAAGUACACUUGAAAAAAGUCACUGGAACUCUUGAAAAAAAUUCUUAGAAUUCUAGAUAAUUUGCUCUUGAAGGACAUGUAAAGUAUGUUAAAAGAUUAGAAUGUAUCUCAGUUUCCCAAAGUUAUAUAAUGAGGCUGAAAAAUAACAGCUUACUUAGGAGAGUUCAAAAUAAUAUAUUUCUUACUGCAAUCGAAACAAAAUUAUUCCCUCUCAGGUUAAUUUUGAAAUGGAAUAGAAUAUUUAGUAUUAGCCAGACCACAUGUACUUUGUUCAAGUAUAGAUGUUAAAUUUUAGCAGGAUGUUAACCAUUGUAUACUGCAUAAUGGGGGACACUAACUGGUAAAAAUUCUGGAAACCAGUCUAGACCUGAGGAUUCUUCCUCUGAAGUUUAAAGGAGGCAGGGUAGAAGAAUUGCUAUCACUGAGGAGAUGAUUCAUGUUGAAACUAGUGAGCUGUUCAUUUGCAACUGUCUGUAUCAAACUGUUUUGAGGAUGGUGAUUCUACACAUACAGUUUGUUACGCAUAUUUUUCAGGUGCUACAUUAUCUUAAUAAUCUGUAAGGAAAAAAAUUAAAGAAUUACCACAUUUUAUUUAGCCCAGUAAAUGGCCAGAAUAUAAGGGCUGCACAUUCAUGCAUACUAAAUGUUUAAGUAUUAGAAAUAGCUUAUUUUGUUCAUUUUAUUGUUUAUUAGAGUGUUUUAGUUUGGGAUGUCUGGCUUAAUGUUUAGUUGUUUUUAUGUUAUUUCUAUUGUUGUAUGCCACCUAAAGUACACUGGAGUUGGGUGGUCAAUAAAUUUAAAUAAAGAAUGA